AUGAAGGCCAUAGUUCAACUCUCAUUCGACGAUGGUCUGCAGAAGAAGCUACUAUUGCGAAUCCCUCAUGAUAUCCUAAUCACGCUUUCUGCGAGGCCACGCAAAUGGCUCUGUUAUGCCACAUAUGCCAUAUGUGGCAUCACAGGGGCCCUAUUCUUUCAUGAUAACGACAAGCCUGCAGACUUGGACGGCGGUGUCGAUGGCGAGGACCACUUUGUGUACCGGCUCUCUGGUGAUCCCGCAUUUGUGGAUUGGGAUGCGAGAGUUGGUACAUAUGAUUGGGUACCCACCACACGCAAGUCCCCCACCUACUCGGAACUGCAGAAGUAUUACGGUGGAUGUCCAUUCACAAAGAUGGACAGUGAGGUUUGCGCAGGUUGUCAUUUGAUUCAUCGUGCCAAAGGCUCUAAUUAUCUGCGUGACAUCCUGAGCGAUCAUCAUGAUCCAAUUCAAGACAUGGGCAUUGAUGAUCCGAGAAAUAUGCUCUUGUUAGCCCCUCAGCUUCAUUCGUACUUCAAUGAUAAUUCAGUUGCAUUUCUUCGGACGCCAAACGAGUUCCUGAAGUCGAACGAAAUUCCCGGAAGAGAGUCUGAAGAGCCCGAUAAAUACAUUGUUACUCUCCAAGCCUUUACGGAAAGGGCUCGUACAGCUUUGCCUCAUAAUGCUUCAUCAGGUAUGACAGAAGGCUCAGGGUUGAGCCACCUUCCGUCUGAUAGGCAUAUCCGCCCGGAUAUCGUACCGAAUAAUACCCUUCUUGAUAUCACUUAUGCAGCUGCCUUGAUUGUGCGGUGGGGCUCAAGGGAUCUCAGGAAGUCGAUGGACGAAAGUGCGGGCAAGUACUAUGCUGGUGGGGCAAUUAAACGAGGUGAAAAUUUAAAAGGGGGCACGACGAAAGAGCAGCACAACGAAGAGCGAAAUGGUAGGACGGCUCGACAAAAUGGAGAUGCACCUGCAAGCAGCAGUGCAACCCAUAACAGUAACCUAACCAAAUGGGAACAGGCCUGGGAUGUUUGGGAUACACUUCUGUGGAUGCCAUACAUGUUGACAGGGAUCUCACCCGAAGAAAUCAAGGCAGAGCAUGAAGAAAGCAUGAAGAAGAGGGAGCAAGAAGAAGUGGAGCGUAUUGGGUGGUGGUGGAAGGGAGUUAGUGAGGGACGACCGGAGGACGCGGUUGGAUGUGGAAAAGAAGCUCCUGACUUCGACGCUGAGGACGAAAAGUCAGUAAGGCUUUGA